AUGUUUCGUGCUUUGCAAGACAUUCUAAAAAGUGCUAGUAAUACCGAGAGUUUUGAUCUUCAGGAACUCCGCGAAUCCCUGGAAAUAGCAGAUACCACCUCUCAGCGGGGACAGCGUAACCCGCAGCUGUUAGAAGGGGUCUCUUCUAUUCUUGACAAGCUUUGGCGAAGCAAAUCCAAGUACAUGGCCAGGGCUGUAGAAGCCCUAGCGAAUGGCAGCAGAGAGCCAUCGUGGAGAAAUGCUUUUGGACAAUCAGGGGUCCUGGAAUUUCUUCUUCAACUAGUUGCGUCCAGGGAAGAAGUUGAACAAGAGAUAUUAUUCCAUUCCUUGAGGGUAAUUGGGAACUCUUGCGCUGAUACUGACGAAAACCGAGAGAUUGUUGUAUCUAAAAACUAUACAUUGCCUAUUAUUCGCUUGAUUCUCAACCCUGAAUUAGUCCAUGUCGCCAUACCUGUUAUUUAUAAUAUAUGCAUGGAUUUUGACCCUGCUCAAAGUCAAGUUGCCGCAAAUCGACUUGGAUAUAUUCUCCUCAAGCUCAUUUCGGAUGGGUCAAUUGAAGGAAAUGCUCUACUCAAUUAUGCUUAUGAGCUUGUUGAGUUAACCGCCCAAAAAGAGGACGGACUCGAAACUGCUCCAGACGGCACUAUAAUCCUCAUAAUGGAUUUGGCUUUAGCCGAGAAUACCACAUUUGCGCAGUUUGCUUGUCUCGUAGAUUGUCUUGCGAAUUUCUUACACAAAGAACGUUUUCAAAACGUUUGUGUUCAAUAUAGACUGGUUGAGCAAUUACUAUCUGUCCUCCGCCAUUCUUACGAGACCGAUGCGGACGAAUCGUCAAGUGAGGACGUCCAACUGCUUGACCAACUGCGCUUGAAACUAAACCAAGCCUUAUCGGAUGUAUCUGCCGUUUCACAAUUCGCAGAGGUAUACCCUGUAGGGUCCUCACUAUUCGACACCCUCAAGACAUGGUUAGCUGCUCCAGAAGACCAAUUGCAGAUAUGUGCAUGUGUAAUUCUUGGAAACUUGGCGAGAUCGGACGACGUUUGCCGGUUAAUGAUAAGCCAGCUAGAAAUCCACCUCCCAUUGAUAGCGAUGAUCAACAGUAAUACACGCGGGAGCGUACUUCACGCUGUCCUUAGCUUUAUCAAAAACCUAGCAAUCGCUGAAGAAAACCGGGGAAAACUUGGAGAAGCCGACAUUAUCCCAGCUGUCUCUCACCUAUGGUCAUCUGACGCUAUCCCUCAGGUGCAAUUUGCUGCAGUAAGUCUUACUCGGUUGGUUAUUGUUUCGUCUAUCGAGAAUAUCAGCCGACUACUCACCUCUCUCUCGCCUGACCCUGACUCACCUGCGCAUUCGCGCACGUAUCUCUCUCUUCUACUAUCUCUUUUUGGUCGGACCGAUACCGGUCCCAUAAAAACAGAAACUGGUCGAACAAUUGCCUCUAUUUGUCGUACCCUCGUAUCCCGCUCCAAGGAGAAGAGCGACGAUACAAGGACUAGGGCCUUACUAUACCGUUUCUUUGAUCUCCAUCAAGACGUUGCGCGACCUCUCGGGGUGAUGGUCACGCAGACUGAAUGGCCUGUUGUUCGCAGCGAAGGCUGGUUUGCACUGGCUUUGAUGGCGUCUCAUGCCAAGGGAUCAAUGGCUGUUGCAGAUUGUUUACAAAAUACUGACGUCUACGAGAUUUUGGAGGACACGCUCGAUGGAGAGAUAUCAGCAGACGACACGAAUAUACAAAAGAUCAAGGAUCGUGAAAACCUGGUGGUUAUGGUCAAGGAGUUGUUGGAUAAUAAUCCCGAGUCUCUGUCUGAAGCUCGUAAAGCUAGAUUGGGAGAGUUGGUGAGCAACGCAGUAUCCGACUCUUUACGAAAGGAUUCUUGA